AAAGAAAACAGUUGGCUGGGAAAGUAAAUAAACGGGACCGUGGUCUGAUUCAGGAGUGGUCAGGGAAGUCCUCUCUUAUGGAGUGACACGUCAGAAGGUCACGGAGGAACAAAAGGAAGGUUCUGAGGCUCUCAGUCUAAGUGGGUGCAGCCUGACAAUAAAGAGGGAAGAAGUGUUGGGCGAAAAGUCUAGGCUGUAGAGGUAGUCACGUCCUGCAGGGGUUUCAGAAACUACAGGGAGGAUUUUGAAAUUUUUUCUAUGUAUGUCUGGAAAACGGUUUUUUUUUGUAAUUUAAAUUGCGUUUAUUUUUAAUAGGUAACAUUCACGAUUCAAAGCAUACAUAAAAUGCUAAGAUUAUUGAGUGAAAACUCUCCCUUCCUCCAGUGUCCUAGGCACUCAGUUCUCUUCCCGCGAGCUGCCCGUGUGUAUCCCUCCGGGAAUACUCCAGGCACAAGCACUCAAAUCUCUAAAUUAUAAGAUAUUUUAAGCAGGGGAGCGACGCCUUCAGAUUUGUGUUUUGAGACCACCCGAAGGCUGAGAGGAUUGGCUCUGUGCGUUUGGAGCUAAGCGCGCCAGCUCCCUCAUUUCACAAAGCCUACUCUGCCCAGCGUCCCCGGUUUCUACACUUGAGAUUCCUUGGGCCCAGAGUUCGGAGAAUUACGUCUGGGCAGGGCUCCCACGCUCCUUCUCACGCUACGCUGCCGGCAACUACCCCGCGUGCCCGCAGCUCCCCCGCCGCCUCCAGCUGACAUUUCCUCGCCCGGAACCGCGGAGUUGGGUACCCAGCCCAGGUGUGCUCGUCAGUUUUAGACAGAGCCUGUGCGGAUCCAAGGAACGCGGGGGCUGGAAGGCAGCCUGGGCGUGGCCCAGUCUGGGGGCGUGGUUAGGCUUGGAGGCGGAGCCGGCGACUCUACGCUGCAGAGCUCUCCAGAGCUCUCGCCGCGGCGGUUCGGUCCAGGACCGGGCCACCCACGGGGCGGUGGGCGCUCCUCGGCCCUGGGCUCUGCGAAACCCCGAAGGCAAGACUAACUAGGUGCUGUUCCACCCGGGGCUGACUCCCGAGGCUCCGCUAUGGAUGGCAAGAGCGAAGUGGAUUUUUCUAGCAGCAGUUUAAACCCCUUGUGGCGGAGGCGGUCAACCCCUGAGCCCCAGUUGCUGGGCCGGAGCAAGCCGAGGCCCCAGUCCUACCAAAGUCCCAGCGGAUUGCUGAUCACGGAUUUCCCGGUGGAGGAUCAAGGGACGCUUCCCGCGGCGCAGUCUCCCGCCCAGGUGCUCACCGCCUCCGACGGCAGGAGGGUCCAGGAGAGCACCUUGCUUCUCUGCGCCCAUGGAAGGGCGGUGACCAAUGGGAGGACCGUCUCCCCGGAGUGCAGAGCUGUCUCUCCUCGGCCUCGACGGCCCAAGUCACCGCAGGCCCCCAAAGCGGCGUCAGGCGGCUCCCCGAAAUCCCCAGAGAAUGGCACAGUGAUCUCGCCUGCGCCACAGCCGCUGCGCCCCCCACGGACUCCUACUGCGCCCGCCCACUGGAGCCCGGAGGGGGACCGGACCGGAUUGACCGCCAACCUGCCUACGCCAGCUGCAAAUGGGCUCACCCCUAAUACGGAUCCCGCAGGCUCCCGUUCGCACACCGGCCAGACGGCUAAGGACCUUGAGCGGGGUCCCUUGAGACUCUCUCCUGCGCCCCAGAAGAGGUCUUUGGAACAAAAACUCCCCCUCCAAAGGCUGCCCUCACAGGAAAGCGAGCUCCCCGAGAAUCCUUCAGUGGUUUUGAGCACAAACAGUCCCGCCGCCCUCAAAGUGGGGAAGCAGCAGAUCAUACCGAAGAGCCUGGCCUCGGAAAUUAGAAUAAGUAAAUCCAACAGUCAGAGUGUGGAGCCCCACAAGAGACUCCUCAAGGUGCGCAGCAUGGUGGAGGGCCUCGGAGCCCCCCUGGGCCCCGCAGAGGACGACGGCGAGGCCGAGAACGACGUGGACAGCCCGGGGUCUCUGCGGAGAGGUUUACGGUCCACGUCCUAUCGCAGGGCGGUGGUCAGUGGCUUUGAAUUUGACAGUCCUACCACCUCAAAGAAGAAGAACAGGAUGUCUCAACCUGCUCUGAAAGCAGUGAUGGAAGACAAGGAGAAGUUUUCCAGCCUGGGAAGGAUAAAGAAAAAAAUGCUGAAAGGACAAGGAACAUUUGAUGGGGAAGAAAAUGCUGUUCUGUAUCAAAACUACAAAGAAAAGGCUCUUGACAUUGACUCUGAUGAAGAGUCAGAGCCUAAAGAACAGAAAUCAGACGAAAAAAUUGUGAUUCAUCAUAAGCCACUGAGAUCUACAUGGAGCCAGCUCUCUGCCGUGAAAAGAAAUGGAUUAUCGCAGACAGUUAGCCAGGAGGAAAGGAAGAGACAAGAGGCUAUCUUUGAGGUCAUAUCCUCUGAACAUUCAUAUUUACUCAGUUUGGAGAUCUUGAUACGAAUGUUUAAAAAUUCCAAAGAACUGAGCGAUACAAUGACCAAAACAGAGAGUCACCAUCUUUUCUCCAAUAUUACAGAUGUCUGCGAGGCAAGCAAAAAAUUCUUUACAGAGUUGGAAGCAAGACAUCAGAAUAAUAUAUUCAUAGAUGACAUAAGUGACAUUGUGGAGAAACAUACAACAUCUACAUUUGACCCAUAUGUGAAAUACUGCACAAAUGAAGUCUACCAACAACGAACACUACAAAAAUUGUUAGCCACCAAUCCAUCUUUUAAGGAAGUAUUGUCACGAAUUGAGUCCCACGAAGACUGUAGGAACUUACCCAUGAUCUCGUUCCUCAUUCUCCCCAUGCAGAGGGUGACCCGCCUGCCUCUGCUGAUGGAUACUAUCUGUCAAAAAACACCUAAGGACUCUCCAAAGUACGAAGUCUGCAAAAGGGCCUUAAAGGAAGUAAGCAAGUUGGUUCGACUGUGCAAUGAAGGAGCUCGGAAGAUGGAAAGGACUGAAAUGAUGUACAUGAUUAACUCUCAGCUGGAAUUUAAAAUUAAGCCUUUUCCUCUAGUCUCCUCUUCCCGUUGGUUGGUAAAAAGAGGUGAGUUGACGGCCUAUGUCGAAGAUACUGUGCUUUUCUCAAAGAGGACAUCCAAACAGCCAGUCUACUUCUUUCUCUUUAAUGACGUGCUCAUUAUCACCAAGAAGAAGAGUGAAGAAAGUUACAACGUCAAUGAUUAUUCUUUAAGAGAUCAGCUAUUGGUGGAAUCUUGUGAUAAUGAAGAGCUUAAUUCUUCUCCAGGGAAGAACAGUUCCACAAUGCUUUAUUCAAGACAGAGCUCUGCCAGUCACCUCUUUACUCUGACAGUCCUCAGCAACCAUGCGAAUGAGAAAGUGGAAAUGCUGCUAGGGGCUGAGACACAGAGCGAGCGAGCCCGCUGGAUAACUGCCCUGGGACACAGCAGCGGGAAGCCGCCUCCAGACCGAACCUCACUGACCCAGGUGGAGAUCAUUAGGUCAUUUACUGCCAAGCAGCCAGAUGAACUCUCCCUGCAGGUGGCAGACGUGGUCCUCAUUUACCAACGUGUCAACGACGGCUGGUAUGAGGGGGAGCGACUGCGAGAUGGAGAAAGGGGCUGGUUUCCUAUGGAGUGUGCCAAGGAGAUAACGUGCCAAGCUACCAUUGAUAAGAAUGUGGAGAGGAUGGGACGUUUGCUAGGACUGGAGACCAACGUGUAGCCUCUCCAAGGGCCAUUCAUUUCUGUGAGACUUGCACUAUAUCGUGGUGAGCUGGUUGGUUCUGGGCUGGUUUUGUUGAUUUUAUACAGCAUGCUAUAUGAAAAGAAUGAAAGCACGCACUUGCCUUUAAGCUUGCCAAGCAGUUAUGCUCUCAGGAGAACAGCUACUGGAUACGGUUAGUCUGCCAAAGCUCAGUUUGUGCACAGCAAUCCACCUGCAAACCUCUAGGUACACAAAGAAGCCAAGCAGGCCACAUCAGGGAUCACACAGCCUCAACUCUCCAUGUGUUGCCAUAUUCUGGCAUAAAAGUGUAUAUAAGAUGUUGAACCCUGGUUUUCUCUGUCCUCACUCAACCAAGAAUGUUAUCUUUCCUUCAGUUUCUCCUAAGGUUCUCCCAGUAUUAGCAAGAUCUUAUGUGCUUAAGGAAUGCCCCGUUUUGUAAAUACUUCUCCUGCCUCUUGUACUUUAGAUCUGACUGUAAUGCUAUGUUGAUUUCAAAAGGAACUGGUAGAGUUUAAAAAGGUGAGCUGUUUUUAUAAACCUCUUCCCAGGAAAGGGAAAUUGACACUUGAAUUUUUGCCCUCUUUCCUCAUUAGUAGAAAAGUAAGGAGCCUUUCUUAGAUUUUUUUUAAAAAUCCAUCUCAUUCAAUAUUGGUCUCAGAUUAUAGCCUGACAACAUCUAAGUAACUCUAAUAACAUAGAAGUCAGAUAAUUCACAUGUGUGAAAAAAUACUGAAUAUAGGUCCUACUUUUUAAA